GUUCGCCGCACUACUUUUGUUGUGAUUGGUUAAUUUAACACAAGAACCGUUUUUUUUUAGAUUAUUGUUUUAGAUUAAUAAUUACGUUUACAGCUAAAUGAGCUGUACCGAUGCCGUGAGCGGUAUCGAAAAUGAGCGCGGCGGAACCAGACAACGAUGUUUCCGGGAUCGGGGGCGAAGAGUCCCAAGCCACACUCGACAUCGUCUCAGAGGAAAGUAUAUCGGAACAUAUUACGUCGGCGAGCGGCAGCGUCGAACGUGACCGUUCGCUUCGCGAAAUCGAAAUAACGAAUCCGCCUGGUUUAGAGGUGAAUUCGCCAACUGGCGGCGGCGACGCAUCCUCCCGCGAGGGGACGCCCGACUCUUUCGAGCAGAGCGACGGCGUCAUGCUCGGCGGCGGCGGCGUGAAGAGUAUCCUGGAGGAAAUUUUAAAUAAUGAGCAGUUUCGAUCUGACCAAAGUUUUGACCUGUUCGCGAACGUUAAUUUCGACGACGAUAGUCUGGCAAACGUCCCCGGCGCCAGUUUAAAAGACCCCGUCGGGGACGAGGGUUUUAAACUUCCGUCGGGGACGGACUCUGAAGACGAUGACAAAGAGAAACGCAUCAAGUGCCUUGAGGACAUGGUGGCUGUGAAACAAACAACGAUAAACGCUUUAAAUUCGGAAAUAGAGUCGUUGAAAGAGUGGAGUAACACGUUCACGUCGAGCAUGGUGUCCGCCACGGAAUAUAGACAGCUUCAGCAAGACUGUAAUGCCAAGUUAGUAGAAUGCGACACGGUGCUCAAGCACAAAAACGACAUGAUACGCGACCUCACAGAGUCCUUGGAGCAGUCGGUGAAGGAGCGAAAGAACCUGCUCGGUCAGGUGGAGUCGUUCAAAUCGGAGGUGGCGGAGCUACGCAGGCUGCUGACGGAAGCGUCCGAAACGUUGGAUCGGCGAGGCGACUCGCAGAACCCGGACGAUGUCGUCCAGUUAAAGGCCGAAGUGAGCGAGCUCAAAAAGAGGCUCGAAUCCGACCGCGAACGACACGACGCGGAAACGGCUCGUCUAAGAAACCUCCUGGAAACUGUGAAAUGCGGCUCGACGGAACUCGCCGACCUGAAGACGGAACUCGAGGUGAAACACUCCCGCGAGGUGGAGGAGCUGCGCACCUAUUUCGAAAAAAAGUGCGCGGAGCUGGAGAAAAACUACUCGGAGGAGGUGUUCAGCCAGCAGAGCAGGAAAAUGUCGGGCUCGAGCUCGGACAUCGAGCUCAGCGACGACCUGCUGCUGUCCAACAGGCCGGGCCCGGGCGGCGACGCCAACCCGAGACUGCUCAGAACUAAAGAGGACGCGGCCAAGAUGGCGGACACGCUCGCCGCGCUGCUCGAGAAAAUGUCUGGCCGGCCCUUCGACGACGACGAGCAACUCGGUCGGAUGGAGGCGGAGCUGCGAGUCGAGCUCGCCGCCCUGCUCAAGAUCGGUGAGAAGCUCGAGAUCAAGGCGAUCGAGAACCGGUACCUGGAGGAGAUCUCGAACCUCAAGUACCAGCUGGAUGAGUGCCAUAAGCGACACGCCGCCAUACAGGAGGUGGGGAGCUCUGGCGAGUUCGACAUCGUGCAGAGCUACGAGCGGCGCCUCCAAGAGCAGAUCGCCGUCGCCAAGAUGGACAUGGUGACCGCGUUGGACGCGCAGUUUCAGCGCAUCGUGUCCGACGACGUCGACGACGACGAAUGGCCGUCCGAGUUUCGAGUGCUUCGGGACAGGUUCGCGAGCAAACGGCAGGCGGAGCUCCGUCUACUGAAGGAGGAGCACGCUAGAGAGAGCAGCGACCUCUUGCGGGAGAGGGACGCGCUGCGUCAGCAGGCGGAGUCGCUGCGCGGCCUCGUCUCCGAGCUGGUUAGGUACUUCGGGGAGUGCGAGGACGCCCUGAACGACACCCUCGUCGAGGAGCUGGUCAGACACGAAGAGUCUUCGUCGCGGGUCCACCUCACGCCCGAUUUCGCGAGGCUGAUCGGAAGGAUCGAGGAGGAGGGGCGCGAGGACGGCGUCCAGGACGUCUCGUCGGGUCUGAGGCACGAGCUCAGCUCGUGCCUCGAAAAGUUGAGGCGAGACGCGAACGCGAUCCUCGCGAUGACUUCGGAGGUGAGGAGGCGGGGCGGCGACGAUCCGGACAGGAUCGCGGUCCUCGAGCGCGAGCUCGAGUCGGCGAGGACGAGGCUCGCCGAGAUGAUCGAGAACGGUCGCAACGAGGUCGUGUCCGAGGCGUACGGGGAGGCGGGGCGUGGUCUCGGUGCCGAUCUGGGAGACGCGACGGCCGCCCUGGAAACGCUGCAGGAGAGGGCUAGAUCUCUGGCGACGGCGUCGAACGCGGAUCCCGUCCUCCUGCAGCUGAUCGAGGAACUGUGCCAGGCGGGAUCUAGACUGGUGGAGAGCGCUUACCGCGAACGUUGCGACCUUCUGCAGCAGAUCGACGUCGCGGACCGCAAGUACAAGAACACCGCGCGUUUCUUGGAGGACCAGGCUGCGGAACGGGAACAGGAACGGGACGAUGCGCAGAAGAUGAUCGAAGAGCUGCGCGACAAGCUCCGCGACAAGGAGAAGGAGCGCGCCAAUUGCGAGAAGAUGUCGCGCGAGGCGGAGCACCUCGAGCGUCAGCUCGAGGAGGCGGGGCGGACGAUCGGCGAGCACUCGCGCCGCCUCACGGAGUUGCGCGGCGAGCGCGACGAGGCCGUCGACAAGAUCGAGUACCUGCGCGACAUCAUCGGGGAGCUCGAGGCGCAGAACGACUCGCGACUCGGGGAGCUGCGCGCGCAGCUCGACGUCGCGGAGCGGCUGCAACGGCUCGCGGACGAUCAACAGAAGGUCAUCGAAGAGCUGCGCGGCUCGGAGGCGGAGCGUGAACGGCUGCGCGAGCACGUCGCCGCGCUCGAGCACGAAGUGCGCACGGUGCGCGAGCUGGCCGGCGGCGGCGAGGACGUCAAACGCGAACUGUCCGAUUUAGAACACGAGCUCGACGCGAAAACCAAGACGCUGGAGCUGCUCCACUCGUCCACCGGCAACAGUUGCAGCUCGCCGUCCGAGGACAUGUCCGUCAGGGACGUCGCGGGGCGGGGCCACGACGACAAGGACGAAGUGCCGCUCCGCCAACUCGCCCGACUCAAAGAGAAACUGAUCAGGCACUCGCGGGCCGAAGAGGCGGCCGCAAAACGGAUUCGCGACCUCGAGAUGCAGCUGAAGACGACGCGCGACGCGUUGGAGGAGGCCCGCAAGGAGAUCAACGAGCACGUGGUGCUGAUCUCGAGCCUCCAGAUCAGGCUCGAUCAGCAACGCUUGAGGGCGGAGUACAUCGAGAGGCAGACCAGCACGUCGCUCGAGGGCAAAAUCGACGACCUGCAGGCCGAGAUUCGCGAGCUGAGGGAGAGGGCGCGGGCCAGGGAGCAAGCGAUCGAGCAACGCGACCACCUGGUGAGGGAGACGCGGGAACGCCUCCGUGAAGCGAACGAGAAAGAGGACGCGCUGGAGGAGGCGCUUAAGAAGAAGGAGGAGGAGCUGCGCGCGUUCGCCGACCUCGGCCUCGACGUCGACGACCUGCGCGCGCUCGCCGACCUCAAAAAGUCCGGCGUUCCUUUGACGGCGAUCGAUCUGAGCCGAUCGACGGAGAAGGCGCGCAGACGCGACGCCGACGACCCCAGCGUCGAGUUGUCGCCGAUGAAGGCGCCCGACGACACGGUUUUCAUGGGUUGCUCGGAGAUUUCGGCCAUAGAACCGGUCAAAGUGCCUUAUAACUCGACGGAGAAGAAGGUCCACUUCGAGGUGGACGAGUUGCGGGCGCGUCUGGAAGAAGAAACUCGCGCUUUCCAACAGGAACGGGAAGAAGCGGCGGACAGGGAGCGGCGACUCGGCGUCGAGCUGGCGGAGAAGACGCGGCGCGUCGCCGAGCUCGAGCGGGAGGCGGAGGAGUCGAAGCGCGACGCCGUGCGCAAGGAAGACGCGUGCCUGAAACUGGCGCGCCAACGCAAAGACCUCGAAGACGACUUGGCGAAAUUCAAACGGGACAGUUUCGCGAACCUGGACGCGGCGCUGAACGCGAAGAACGUCGCGAUCGCGGGCCUGGAGGAGCGGCUGCGGGGGCAAUCGGACGAGACGCGGCGCCUCCAAGCGGAUCUCGAUUCGAAAAGGGAGUCGCUCAAGAGCGCGAUGGAGAUGUUUAACGGCGCGAUGGAGGAGCGGGCGCGGCUCGAGGAACAAUUGGAGACGUUGCGGCCGCAAAACGACGAGCUGCGGAGCGAGGUCGAACGGCUGGGGGCGCUCGUCGUCGACAAAGACCGCGAGCUGGAGGUUCUCGUCGAGGACCUGAAGCGGCUGCGGGAGGCGGUCCGCGAGAAGGACAGGAUUGUCGCGCAAAUCACCGAGGACCACGGCCGCGUCCAUUCCAAUCUCAAGACGAUCGAGGCGAAAAUCAAGGAGACGGGAAACGUGUUGGACUUGGCGGCGCGGCUCAAAGCGGAGCACAGGCGGAGCGCGGACCUCCUGGUCGAGGUGCAUGGUUUGAGGGCGAAGCUGCUCGGCUACGAGGCGGCCGUCGCCGACCCGGCGCCCAUCGACGACGUGAAACGGGAGCUGGAGCGCUCGGUGCGGAUCGACUCGGACAUCUUGAACGCGGUCGGCGAGCGGAGCGCGAGUUCCGCCUCUGACGCCCGCGACCCGGACGCCUACGGGAAGGCGCUCGCGCGGCAGAAGACGCGCGCCAAACAGCUGCGGCUGCGCAGCGAGCAGCUGGAAAAGGAUCGGGCCGAGCUGGAGCAUCGGCUGCACAGUCUGCAGGGUAUGUUGGAGAAGGAGCGCGCGUUCCUCAAGCAAACCCAGAUAGAAGACGCGAACCUCAUCGAGCAGCUUCGCAUAAGGCUCGACGCGACGCUCGACGCUCGCGAAGACCUGGAGCGCCUCCUGGCGGACGAGCGCGCGUGCAGGCGCUCGCUGGAGGCGCAGAUCGAAGAGCUGAAGAAGCCGGCGGCCUCCAGUUCCGAGUCGGCGACGCGGUACAGGGCGUUGCCGACGGAGGACGCGGCGAGACUGAGCCGGGAACUGGAGGCGGCCCGCGUCGAUCUCCGGGAAGCGACCGCGACGAGGGCGGAGCUCGAGAACAACCUCAAGUACACGAGCGAGGUGCUCGCACUCGAGACGGAGCGGAACCGGAACUUCGAGGAGAAGAUCCGGGUGCUGUGCGAGAAGGAAAAGGCGCUGCGGCUGGAGGCGCUCCAGACGAAAUUCGAGUUGGACGCGAGGACCGCGGAACUAGAGGAGAGGAAGAUUUCGAUGGACGAACUGGAUGCGGAAAAGGCGCUCCUCGAGAGGCAAAAGGCGGACCUGGCGGGGGCGCUGCGGGCGCGCGUAUCGCACGAUCCCCAUCCCGAGACGCUCGAGAAGCUCAUCGCGGAGCUGAAGACCAAGACAGAGGAGAACCGGAAGAAGGUCGAGUACAUCGCGCUGAUCGAGAGCGACAAGCGCGCGUUGGAGGCGCAGCUGAGGUCGGAAACGCGCGACAAGCUCGACAACGGCGUCGAGUUCAGGCACCUGAAGGCGCGGUGCGACUACCUGUUCGCCAAGACGUUGAAGCUCGAGAGCCUGAGGAAGUCGCUGAUAUGGCAGAAACGCUACCUGACGGAUUACUGCCACGCCCACCGCACGCGACCCGAUUCGGACCGCCAUCUUAACCCGCUUGGCCGUUUCCGAUCGGCGGCGUUUGUCGUCGUGUCGCUCGCGCGGAUGCGGUUCCUCGUAAGGCGGUGGCACAACGGGGUCCGGAUCGCCGAGAAGAUCAACGCCCGCCACUCCGACCGCUCCCGACCGCCCGCGGCCGCCAACUUUCAGGUGGGACAGCCGGUGUCGAGUCAGCAUUUCGUCGGUCAGCUCAAGGUGAAGAACAAUGCGGUCCCGGGACCGUUCCCGGAGACCAAUCAGUCCUCUGGCGCGGAGGAGGCAUCGUGGUCGGGUCUGACGCCGCCAUCGAGGGACGUGAGGACGCGUAACCGAUUAAAAAUCGGGACGAACGUGCUUAAGAGGGAGGACGUGACGCCGCUAAAGGCGCCGCAGCUCUUGGCUCAAUUCCAGGACAGACUGCACGAGUUGCACGAGAAGUUCGCGACCUCACUGGAGCCGGAGUAGAGGCGCCCGAUGUCCCCGCCAUAUUAGUUAAGCGCGAACCAAAGUUGAAAUAUUUUUUAUUGUAACGUUUUCUUUUUCUAAGGGUAAAAAAAUGC